AUGCGCGCCGUCAGAUUCUUGCUGGCGGUUUCAUGGGCCACACGAAUAUGGGCUUUACACUCGUCUGAAGUUGGCGUGGUAGACUGGCAUAAACCUUUCAUUGGCACACCACUACUUGACGCGCACUCUGUCGCACCCAAGUUCCACAGGAUCGGGGAUGCCGGCGAGCCCACACACAGCGUUGUCUUGACAGCUACCGCCAGCAACGUCCUGGCAGCAUUGGAUCCGGUAGACGGACACAUAGUAUGGAGAUAUAUGUUUGAAGGCGACGAGCACGUAAUCGGGUAUAAGCAACAUGGAAACGUUGUUGCCGCUGUGUCCGGGCCUGGUGGCGCUACGCUGAGACUGCUGGACGCCUCGGCAGGCCAUUUGCUAUUCGAGAGACGGCUGCACAGUCCGGAGUCCGGUCGUCUUUUCGAUCCGGAGAUGCUGGGGACCUCAAUAGCAUUUGGUAGUGAGGGGCAGGACAGUGAUAUUUUUGUCCUUUCCAAUGCGCACAUUGUGCGGAGGAUAGACGGCAAGACGGGAGAUGUAGAGUGGGGCUGGACCGCCCCUGAUGAGGCGUGCAAAGAAAGCUCCCUCGUAGCGUACUCGAAAAUCAUUUCCACAUCAUCCACAGUAUACGUGAUUGGACUCGCAAAGUCCUUUGCUGCAUACACCGUGCAUGUUUCGGCCUUGUCUGCAACGACCGGAGAGCUUAUCUCGUCUAUCAAUGUCCCAUCGAGCAUCCGAGAUGGUCUCGCAGACUUUCUGACUCUCAGAAACGUUCGGGAUUACAAUAUCGCUCCACAUGUUGUUUGGCUCGAAAGCGAGUCGGUCCGGUCGUUCGCCCUCUCGCCAGAGCUCGCCGCAAAGCCGAUGAUGAUCAAGGGCGCUGACUACAAGAGAAUUUUAGACGUUGGCCUCGAGGACUUCGGACAGAUCGUAGCGCUCAAAAAGGACAGCACGGCCCACGUCUUCGCGCUUGGAAAAGAAGGCUUGAAAGGCAUAUGGGAGUUCGCAGAAUCGGUUUCGUCAAACCGCUACACGGAGUCAAUAUACAGCAGCGCUGUUGACAAGGAUGGCCGACCCUAUGUCGCCCGCGUAUUCUGGUCCCACGUUUUCAAGAAAGCCUCUGCGCACAUCUUUGCCGCGCAUCUUUCGGAUGGCAAGGGCCUGGCAUCCGGUUUUACCUUCCCUUUUGAGACGAGCGUACACGGCGUAAUCAGUCAUGUGGCUGUGGACGCAGCGAACCCGGGUGACUUACAAAUCAUUGCGCGCCUAGCGUUAACGACGAGUACGGGCGCAGUACAGCUCUGGCAUCAAGAUCAGCUGCAAUGGACCCGCGAGGAGGGCUUGUCGGAUAUCAGAGCCGUAGAGCUUGUAGACCUAUCUGAAAGGAAAGUGGCCACCGCGCGUAUUGAUGAUGAGUCAUUUGGCGACAGGAUCAAGAGACAAAUCGCGGAAGCUCAGGACUUCCCUCAGUAUGCCACCAGCUUUGUCAAGCGCUUCGUGACGGGCUCAUACGCGUCUGUCUCAUCCUCUGUUGCGCCGGAUGUCAAUGCCUCGGAGCCUCUUGCGCGUGAUGCGUUCGGAUUCAGAAAGGUUAUUGUCGCUGCAACCUCACAAGGAAAGUUGUACGGCAUUGAUUCUGCAAACGGUGAAGUUUUGUGGAGUCGCGUAUUUGGAUUAGGCUGGGCAGCAAAUGUUGGAGGGCAGGUUCUUCCCGUGAAAAUAUUCGUAACGCGCACUGUGAGCGAUGGGGAUUCCCCACAGGUAGUAUUGGUAACGCAGCGUAAGGCAACUAAUAGUCUUGUAGACACGGUGGUAUUCCAUGUCGAUGCACUGACCGGAGACGAUGCUACGGGGAAGUCCCCUUCCAAGGAUAUUCUGCAAGGGGUAGAUGUAAUCUCAGGCCCCUUGGUAGAAGCGUUCAUGCUCCGGACAGACGCAGGCAGGGUUGUUGUCCUGUUGGAUGAAUUUGCACAGAUCUACUUGUACCCCAAUACUCCCGAAAGCCAGGAUGCCUUCCGGAGAUUAGCGCCGUCCCUGCACAUUCCGCUGCGCACCGGACGCCCUGGCCAUCGCACUAUUACUGGUCACAGGAUAUCUCCAGAGCCUGAGUUUACUGGUCGACAUCUUUCCCUGCCCACAUGGACGCUGGCCCUUCCUCCCUCCGAGGACAUCCUCGCGAUUGUUCCGCGGACUCAGCAGCCUGUUGCAUCCCUUGGAAAGGUACUUGGGAAUCGCACCACGCUGUACAAGUACCUCAACCCUCACCUCAUGGCUGUGGUCACCUCAUCCACUAGCCGAUGUUCGAUUUAUUUGGUGGAUGGCUCCAAAGGGACGAUUGUAUACCACGCCGUUCUCCCUUCCGCGGAUAGCAAGUGCGACGUGAAUGUUGUUCUAGCCGAGAACUGGCUAGUGUAUCAUUAUUUUGACAGCGAAGCGACAGGCGUUAACGAAGCGAAGGGCCACCGUAUUGUUUCCGUUGAGUUGUAUGAGGGGGGCGGCGUCGAUGACAAGACUAGAAGGUUGGAUAAGCUCCGAAUUGUCUUCUUACUCCAACAAAACAACUUCCCUUACAGCCUUCGAGCAAGCGCGCGUGAAAGGGUCACUGUAAGGCGCUCCGCUGAUGCUGAAGCUUUCCACACAGUGGCGAAUGAAAACUACCAAAUACAAUCUUUCCCUCGCCGUUUUCUAGACCCUCGCAGGCCGAAACGCAAGCCGACUAGUGAAGAGAUGGAAGAGUGGCUGACUCAGUACGACGCACUCCUACCUGAUGAUCCCAAACGAGUCCUAUCCCAUGACUAUCAGGUCGUGGGCACCAAGCAUAUUCUGACAUCCCCCGCCUUGCUCGAAUCGACAUCGCUCGUCUUCGCGUAUGGGCAGGAUCUAUUCUUUACGCGCAUCACGCCAUCGAACACAUUCGACCUUCUCAGCGAAAACUUCAACAAGGCCCAGCUCGUUCUCACAAUCGCUGGCUUGGCCCUUGCGAUUGUCAUUGCCAAACCCAUGCCACGCGCUGCUGUCGCCUUGAGCCUUGCUGUUUCAUCUAGCUACUUUCACCUUUCCCCUCGCACGCGCUGCAGCGCUACAGACCCUCUUGUACAAGAAGCCAUGAACGGAUACAUAGAUGAUGAUAUUGAGGUUGCAAAAGCAAUCGCGCUGAGCCUCCAAGAAUCUCAACCUAAACCUUCAUAUCCUCGUCAGAUCGAUUAUAUAACCAUUAGUGACGAUGAGGAUGAGCAAGACGAUGACGAGAAGCAAUUUCAAGCGGACUUGCAACGCGCUAUUCAGGCGUCAAAACAGGAGGAAGGGACCAGUUUAUCCCCAGCCAGACCUGCCGAACGACAAGCUUCAGCCCCGACAGCUGCGACCCCGUUCCUGUCCGAACGGGCACAGCUCGAGAAGGAGCGGCUCGCAAGACAGAAACGGCUGCGUCCCGAUGUUGAUCACGAUGCUCAGGCUGGAUCUGAAGAGGACAGCGAUGUGCGUGAUGCGAAGAGGCAAAGGCUUUCCUCGUCUUCGUCUGCUAGGUCCUAUAGAGCCAACCCCGGUUCUUCUUCCAGUGCUAAAUCCGGCCCCAUCGCCAGUGGGAGCCACUCGUGGGCCCGAACUCAAGCAAUUAGUUCGCAAAGCGGAGCGGCCUCUUCGUCGAAAGAGCAGUUAUUCUGGGAGGGCGAACUGCGCCAAACAGGUAAUGCACAUGUGGAUCCCAGAAAAGAUACGCUCCCGACAUUCAGAUUGACGGACAUCCUUGCACCCAGAGAUGAUAUCGCAUUUGCGAUCGUCUCGGCGUACGUAUAUAACUAUUCAUGGCUAUAUUCACUCUUCAGUCCAAAUACGCCAGUGAUAGCGGUCGCUCAAGAUCCUGAAGGGCAGGAGACUAUCAAAACUAUCCUCCCUAACUGGAUCAAAACGACGCCAUUUCUUCGCAACGGCAUGGGUUGCAUGCAUAUGAAGUUUAUGCUCCUAUUUUACAAGUCAGGCCGCCUACGCAUUAUGAUCUCUACAGCAAACAUGAUAGAAUACGAUUGGCGUGAUAUUGAAAAUACCGCGUGGGUACAGGACGUUCCCCUACGGUCAGCGCCAAUAUCGCACGAUCCGAAGGCGGAAGAUUUUGCAGCCGCCAUGGUGCGCGUGCUUCGUGCAAUCAGCGUGGCUCCUGCUCUUGUAUCGCAUCUACGCAACGAUCAUCCCGAUCUACCUUUACAACGCUUAGAAGAGUUUCGUAUGAAGUGGGAUUUCUCCAAAGUCAAGGUAUCUCUAGUACCCUCAAUUGCUGGAAAGCAUGAAGGCUGGCCUAAGGUCAUCUUAGCCGGUCAUACUGCAUUGAUGAAAGCAUUACGAAAUUUGAACGCAGCAGCAGAUAAGGACAAGGAGGUGAUACUCGAAUGCCAGGGGUCAUCUAUUGGCAAUUACAGCACACAAUGGAUGAAUGAAUUUCAUUGUUCAGCACGGGGCGAGUCGGCGCAGUCGUGGCUGGACGUCUCAAAAGCGCGCCGCGCAAAACUUUCAUUUCCUCCUGUCAAAAUUCUGUUCCCUACCUCGCAAUACGUGCGCGACAGCGCUCUAGGUGAAGCGGGUGGUGGCACCAUGUUUUGUCGUCGCAACCAGUGGGAGGGUGCAAAGUUCCCGCGGGAGCUGUUCCAUCAGUCUAGGAGUAAACGAGGUAAGGUACUUAUGCACUCAAAGAUGAUUUUAGGCAUGUUUCGUUCACGACCUAGCGUCUUCAGUGGGAGCAGCAAUCGCUCGGAUAGCGAAACCGAGGACGAAGACGAUCCGGAGAGUGACCAAGAGAAGCUUAUAGGAUGGUUGUACGUCGGCUCGCACAACUUUACGCCGUCCGCCUGGGGCACGCUCUCUGGCUCUGCGUUUAACCCAACGUUAAAUAUUACGAACUAUGAGCUUGGGAUCGUACUUCCCUUGCGGAGUGAAGAGGAAGCGAACCGAAUGGUGUGUUGGGAGCGACCUCCAAAGAAGUAUGCACAUGGGAAAGAUGAGCCAUGGAUACAGUCGGAAUCGCCGGCAUUCGCACAGGGUUGA